UUAAAAGAAAAACCAUCAACUCCUAAGUCCUACCCCCCACCAACUAUUUCUCACUCAAAAAUGCUUAUAAAUAUUUGUCCAAAUCUCACAACUUCAAUUCAUUCAAAGCUUAACAAACCAAUAUAUAUUAGCCAUUUAGAGCUAUUUUCAGUUUACUUCAUUUGCAACAAUCUCUUCCCCUCAUAAUUGUACUUCUAAAAUGGCAAACAAUGUCGCUCAGUCUGCUCUUGACCAAAGGUUGGCCAUGGCUAAACAUUGUUCUCAUGAAGGUGUGAAAGCAGGAGCUAAGGCAGCUAUUGUUGCUAGUAUUGUUACUGCCAUUCCAACUCUUGCUAGUGCGAGGAUGCUGCCUUGGGCAAAAGCCCAUCUCAACCCCACUGCUCAGGCCCUCAUUAUCUCCACAGCGGCUGGGGCGGCAUAUUUCAUAGUUGCUGACAAGACUGUCCUGGCUACAGCAAGAAAGAACUCCUUCAAGCAAGCCUCAAACAUAGAAGCAUAGACUCAAAAUACUGUCACAACGGAUUUUAAUAUCCAAUUGUACUUGAGCGAAAAUCAGUGAUCUAAGGAAACAUUUUAAUUAUGUAAUCCCAUCUCGAUAAAUAAAUAAAAAGAUAGGGUGCUUUUCUUAGACCAAGAGAGAUUUGUAUGCUCUACCACUCUACCUUAGUUGAACCUCAGCUCAAUAUGUACCAGCAAUGAAGAUGCAUACAUUUAUAUAUUUAUGUUUUCAAUUUAUAUUUCUAUGAAGAAACAGCUUUAGAACAUUAUAUAC